UUCAUACGUCAAAAUAAUGACGCUGCAGCACCGUGCAUCCCUCAGGCUAAGUGUUCUACACAAUUCCCAGGGCCGAGCCAGAACUGCAUUGAUCCCUUACGUGAAUUCACCACGUGUGGCCCAGUCUGUCCAAUUUCUUGUACACCACAUAGCGUUUCACGUGAGGAAUGCCAUACCGAGCAGUGUUUGAAAGGAUGCUUCUGCAAAAUUCCGUAUAUUUUAGAAAAUGGCUAUGAUCCUGUUCAUUCUAGGUGUGUUUUGCCUACACACUGUCCACAACUGGGACAAGGCUAUUUGUCAGAAAACGGCAGCAACCGGAUCUCAUCGCCCGCUCCCGUUGUUCCCACCUCGUAUUCAUUCCCCGAGCACAAGUCCACCGAUCGACCUCAACUGAUCCAGUGCAGCGAUCCACUGAAAAAUUUUCAAACCUGCGGUUCCGGUUGCCCAGCCGGUUGCAACAAUCGCGUAGCAGCGUUCUGUGGUACUCAGUGCGUGGCAGGAUGCUUCUGUCGUAGUCCAUACAUACUACAAGACGCAUACAAUAUGAAUUCGCGCUGUGUCUUACCGCAUCAGUGUCAAUCGCUCACAGUGCAGCAGCAAAUCUGUUCCGAUCCUAGGAAGCAGUGGACCCACUGUUUUUCGCAGAAAUGUGCACGCAGCUGCUCAAAUCCAGAAGCAACAUGUUCGACCGGUGAUUGCGCACCAGGAUGUCUCUGCCGUGAGCCGUACGUGCUGUACGAUUCACGUGACCCGAACUCGCGUUGUGUUCUGCCCACGGAAUGUGGAUCGCCAUGUAGCGACCCAUUGAAGGAGUAUCAAGCUUGUGCAUCAUCCUGCCCAAUGGGAUGCAAUAACCGAGUUCCGCAAACUUGUUCGCCUUGCGUUUCCGGAUGCUUCUGCAAGCUAGGUUUGGUAUUUGAAGAUGCCGUAAACUGGCGCAACUCUAGAUGCGUCCCGCUGAAUCAGUGCCCAUCUACAGCAGUGCCUUCUUCGCUACCGAUAAUCAAUGUUCCCGAAUGUCCUGUAACGACGGUUGAUCUCAGCGGAAGAUUUUGCAAUUUUGAUUCUGACUGUCCAACACAACAGCGCUGCUGCCGGUCAGCUUUGUUUGCUCUGGUUGGCUCACAGCAAUCACGUUGCACAUGUACCGAUCCGAACGCUUACUGGGAUCCAUGUGGUGCAUUAUGUCCCGAAUACUGUGGCCAGCCUUCGGUGCCAGUGUGCUCUUCUACUUGCAAUCCUGGCUGCCACUGUGCACCAGGAUAUGUGAAAGCCCGAAACGACAUAAUGGCACCAUGUGUUCUGAGAAUGCAAUGCUUACAAACAGGCAAACACCUUGAUAUUUUUCAACACUUUCGAUAUGUUACGCGAAAAGUAGAAAAUCGUUUCUAAAU